UAGACCUUCUCUCUAACCCCAAAUGGGCCCCCCCACCCCCACCAACCCUCUCCCCUCCGCCGCCAAGAUCCGCCGCUCCACCAGCGGCACCGGCUCCAUCAUCCUCGAAAAGUACCAGCUCGGCCGCCUCCUCGGCCGCGGCAGCUUCGCGAAGGUCUACCUCGCCCGCCUCCUCAACAGCCCCUCCGCCCCCGAAGUCGCCAUCAAGGUCAUCGACAAGGCCGCCACCGUCGACGCCGCCAUGGAGCCCCGCAUCGUCCGCGAGGUCUCCGCCAUGCGCCGCCUCCACCACCACUCCAACAUCCUCACCCUCCACGAGGUCAUGGCCACCAAAUCCAAAAUCUACCUCGUCAUGGAACUCGCCCCCGGCGGCGAGCUCUUCACCAAGCUCUCCCGCUGCUGCCGCUUCUCCGAAUCCACCGCCCGCCGCUACUUCCACCAGCUCAUCUCCGCCCUCCGCUUCUGCCACCAGAACGGCGUCUUCCACCGCGACAUCAAGCCGCAGAAUCUCCUCCUCGACCAAAACGGAUUACUCAAAAUCACCGACUUCGGCCUCUCCGCCCUCUCCGAGCACAAAAUCGACGGCCUCGUCCGCACCGCCUGCGGAACUCCGGCCUACACCGCGCCGGAGGUCGUCUCCCGGAGAGGCUACGACGGCGAGAAGGCUGACGCCUGGUCAUGCGGCGUUCUCCUAUACGUUUUCCUAGUAGGAAGCCCCCCCUUCGACGAUGGCAAUUUAUCGAACAUGUACCGUGCAAUGCACCGCCGCGCUUUCGAAUUCCCCGAUUUCGUCUCCAAAUCGGCCAAAAUCGUGAUCUACAGAUUGCUCGAUCCAAACCCUUACACCAGGCUCAGCCUCGACGAGUUAAUAAAACUCUCCUGGUUCAAAAAAUCGUUCUCACGGGAGAAUUUAAAAUCGCAAAGCGUCGAUGAGAAUUUAACGGGAUCUGAGUUUCUUGAUUCGAAUCAAUUCAAAUGCAUGCCGAGAGUGAACGCUUUCGACUUGAUCUCGAUGUCGUCGGGGCUCGAUCUGUCGGGGCUGUUCGAGGAGGAGACGACGAGUAGCAAGGAAAUAAGGUUUACCACUGGAAUGGAGGUGGCGGAGAUUGAGGAGAAAGUGAGCAAAACCAGCCUCGAAUUUGAAUAUAGAGUAGAGCGGCGAAAGGGCGGAGCGAUGCGGCUGAUCAAGGGGAGGGCGGUGGUGGAGGUGGAGAUAUGGGGGUUGGCGCCGGAGCUGUGGUUGGUGGAGCUGAGAUUGGUCGACGGUGCGGCGGAAUUGGGCGAAUCGCAGUGGGGGGAGCUGCGAUUGGGGAUUGGUGAGAUCAUGGCCCAAUGAGAUCGAGGAAUACCGCGAAACGGCGUCGUUUGCGUGGUUGGAGGGUUGUUUUCUUUUGAUAGAAAUGUUUUGAUUAAAUUUUAGGUAGUGAAGAUAGAAAUGUGUAAUUUGUGAAUAGUUUGUUGGUUUGAUGGAAGUGAUUUGAUUCAUGUCUCUGUCUCUGGUUUUGUGUUUCAAAUAAAUUGUGCUUUUGAUGUAA